UGCCCAGGGGGAGGGACGAAACCAAAUCCAUCUCACGCGCUUCUUCUGCUCGCGGAAAUCACAACUCAACCCAGCCACGCAACCGGGAUCCACUAACAUCCUUUCUACAGUUUGCUCCUUCUUUUGCGAAUUUGUUGCUUUGUUUUGGAAAGGGAGACACGCUCCCCACCUGCGACGCUCGAUGAAUUCUGCGUCGAGAAUCACUUUGUUUUUUCUUUUAACUGUCCUGAUAGCGCAAGAGUGUCUCUCAUCUAAAGGAGAAGACAGGCUGUUUCGUCGUUUAUUCAGGAGGUAUAAUCAGUUCAUUCGGCCAGUGGAAAAUGUGUCUGACCCCGUCACUGUGGAAUUUGAGGUCUCCAUCUCACAGCUUGUUAAAGUGGAUGAAGUCAAUCAGAUCAUGGAAACAAAUCUCUGGCUGAGACAUAUAUGGAAUGACUAUAAGCUGAAGUGGUUACCAGCAGAGUUUGAUGGAAUUGAGUUCAUCAGAGUCCCAUCAAAUAAAAUCUGGAGGCCUGACAUUGUACUUUACAACAAUGCCGUUGGGGACUUCUUGGUGGAGGACAAAACCAAAGCUCUUUUGAAAUAUGAUGGAACCAUCACUUGGGUCCCUCCUGCAAUCUUCAAAUCAUCCUGCCCUAUGGACAUCACUUACUUCCCCUUCGACUAUCAGAAUUGCUCAAUGAAGUUUGGUUCCUGGACCUAUGACAAAGCCAAGAUUGACCUGGUUCUUAUUGGCUCAAAGGUAAACCUUAAAGACUUCUGGGAAAGUGGAGAGUGGGAGAUCAUCGAUGCACCCGGUUAUAAGCACGACAUCAAGUACAACUGCUGUGAAGAGAUCUACCCAGACAUAACCUACAGUUUUUACAUUCGGCGACUGCCCCUCUUCUACACUAUCAACCUUAUUAUCCCCUGCCUCCUCAUCUCCUUUCUGACAAUACUCGUCUUCUACCUUCCCUCAGACUGUGGUGAGAAAGUGACAUUGUGCAUCUCUGUGCUCCUUUCUCUUACUGUGUUCCUUCUUGUCAUUACGGAAACCAUCCCAUCCACCUCACUCGUGAUCCCUCUGAUAGGCGAGUACCUUCUCUUCACCAUGAUUUUCGUUACCCUCUCCAUUGUCAUCACUGUCUUUGUAUUGAACGUGCACUAUCGCACCCCUAUGACCCACACUAUGCCUAGCUGGGUCCGUACCGUCUUCCUCCGGGCUUUACCCCGUGUCAUGCUCAUGCGUCGGCCUAUCGAUCUAUCAGAGUCCUCUGGAAAAGGAGGAGGGGAAAUAGCGGGCUCAUCCGGGACCGGAGGAGGACGAGGAGCAGAGGGAAAGAAGAUGAAAAGCAGUGCAUCUCAACAGGGAGCAAUGAACUCUUUGGAAUUUGGAGAGGGGAAAGCAGCAUUAGAAGGAAAGAAAGGGGGAUGCCCAUGUCACCCAAUAAAAGAGGCAAUCGAGGGGGAUUGUGGGAAAGUGAGUCGUCAGUUGACCCCACAGGCUAUUAACACAGUUGUGACUUUCUCUGUGGUGUCACCGGAGAUCAAACAGGCUAUUGAGAGUGUGAAGUACAUUGCUGAGAACAUGAGGAGCCGCAACAAAGCCAAAGAGGUGGAGGAUGAUUGGAAAUAUGUUGCGAUGGUGAUUGACCGGAUCUUCCUUUGGGUCUUUGUGCUGGUGUGUGUGCUGGGAACUUUGGGACUCUUCCUGCAACCUCUGAUUGGCUUCUUCUCGUAACUUACUGUGCCAGCUUGCCUGUUCCAACCAAUCAUUAUCUGAGUUACUGACAUGCUACAUAUUUAAUAAGUAUCACAAGUGUUCCAUCAAUUCAACAAAACUAUUUACUGGUGUCCUUGCACAGCAACCAAAAAAAUAUAAUAAUAAUAAUCAGGUGGUCUGUUUCGCUCUCUGCCACUAAUCAGUUGGAGAUUGCUUUUUGCCUUUUUAACAAUCAGUGACUCCAAUUGAACUUUCUAAUCACCAUCCUUCCUGAAGCACUACAAUGUCCAUAAGAAGACCAAUCAGACUGAUUGGUGUUCUGUGUCCACUACUCAAAAUGAAACACCACUUACAAUAUCUGAUUGCACACACAUGAUAUGUGGCAUGCAUUAUAUACCAAACAACAUGGCCAUCUUCUCUCAACUCAGCAGUCACUCAGGAAAAUCUGCAAAAGACAGUGAAGGUGGCAAUAGAGUUGAGGAAAUCCAGUUUAAGCACAAAAAAAUGUGUUGUGUAGAUUAGUUCACCAAAACCUUCACGGAUAAACACUGAGCCGUGUGAUUAUGGGACGAAAUUAGUCAAGAAUAUGGGUGGUCUAUAAAUAACAUAGUGUCUAUCUAGAGUUGUGUUAUGGCUGUGGUCCAGAAUAAAAAUGACUAAACGAGUCCCAUUUAUGCCAAAUAAUUUGUAUUUAGAAUGAGAUUAAUGAAUUAUUUUGUCUUAUUCCUAUGAUACUGCAUGUUGAAGAUUUUUUUCAUUUGAAGCAGUUGUAUGUCCUAAUCCUUAACUGUUUUGAGUGCUGUGCAGAUUAUUAAAAUGACUGCUUUCCCUCCCUCUCUCACACUCAUGCUCUCUCUCUCUCUCUCUCUCUCUCUCUCUCUCUCGCUCUACCAGAUACAUAAUCCCCUCUUUAAUAUCACCAUUUACAUUUUUUUCCACUUCCACUUGUCAGCUUCUGACACUUUUGUAUUUUUUUUUAAAAAGAUGUCUUUCAAAUAAAAGUUAUUUUUUGUUGUACACACUAUGA